AGUGCUCGUUUUGAAUCUAAUUCACAACGACCCUACUUCGAAGGUCAUGAACGCUCUGAUGUAGUACAACAUCGUAAAAAUUUUGUACAAUACUUUCUUACACGAAAAGAUUCAUAUUAUUUGAUUACUGAAGGUGAACAACCGAAAUGGAAAACUCAUACAGCUGAAAUUCCAACUAUUUAG